AUGGCGAAGAAGUUUAAUAUUCGUGAAUGGGUCCUAUCUGUUAAAUAUUGGUCAUUACUUUUCAUUCCUCAUAUGUCAGUCUGUUUAAUUUUUUUAAUUUAUAUUCUAAUGGGUGCUAGUAUUAUUCAAGAAAUUGAGACAUGUCAACAAGAAACUUCUUCAUCAAUAAAAAAUAUUCCACGAGAACGUCUUAUAUCAAAAAUAAUUGAAAAACGACAAACAUUGGAUAUUGAACAAUAUAAAAAAUAUGUUUCUAAACAUAUUGAUCUGUAUGAAGAAGAAAUUAAAAAUAAACAGAAAUAUUUUCAAGAAAAUUCAUCAUGGGACUUUUCGAAAUGUUUUUUCAUUGUUGUAACAUCAUUAACAACUAUAGGUUCAAAUGAAUUUAUACCAAAAACAAAGUUAGGAAAAUUAUUUCUAAUGAUUUAUACAGGAUUUGGCAUUCCAUUAACAUUUAUUUUCAUAUUUGAUUUAAGUUAUUUAAUAAAACGAAUAAUUAACUAUAUUUCAUUGAUUAUUUUUCAUGUUUAUAUAUCAAAAUAUUUUCUUCAUAUUCGUCGAUUAUUUGUUUUUCGUUUUAUUGAUAAACAAUUAAAUAUUUCAUUUGAAGAAGAUGAUGAUGAAGAAGAUUUAAAUAGAUUAAAAUCUUCUUCAACAAUUCAACAAUAUAUUAAUAAUCUUCUAAAUAUAGUUAAAAAUUUUAAUGAUGACAAUGAUUUAACAUUAAAACGAUUAAUAUUAACAAUUUUUAUUUAUAUUCUUAUUGGUAGUUAUUUUAUAUCAUCCAAGUCUAUAUUUGAUAGUUUUUAUUUAUGUUUUACAACUAUAUUUACAAUUAGUUCAAAUAGAAUAAUUGAUCAAGAAAAGAAUUUAUUUUUUUUAUCUAUUUAUUUAGUUGUUGGUCUUGCAAUUGUUGUAUUGUGUGUAAAAACUAUCAAAAUAAGACUAGAAACAUUAUUAUUGAAUUUUGGAAAGAUAUUGCUCAGAAACCUAUUAGAAUUUAGUCAACAAAUAGGUUCUCAUGAUUUAAAUACUGAUGAUUUCUUAGAAAAUAACGAGAUUAAUUCUUAUCCUGCUUCGGAAUCUGUUGUUUCUCGACAGCAAUAUAUAACAAAUAUCAUAUCAUUAGAACAAUCAUCAACAAUUCGUCCUAUUGGUAUAGCAGAACCAUUACGUCGUAUUUCAACUGAUCUUAUUCGAGUACUCAAGACUAACGAUAAUAAUGAUGAAAAAACUUUAAAUAAAAGCAUUCAAGUUAAUACCGUGAUCCGACGAUGUGAUCGUUGUGCUGAAUUACCACUGUCAAGCUUACCACUUAGAAAAGCUAGAAAUUUGUCAACUUCAUCAUCUCCAGUGACUGAUAAUAGUUCAAGUUGUGAAGAAGAUGAUAUUAUGGAAUUUCCUCCACCUAAUUUAGAUCGAUUACGUAAAAGACGUGCAACACAAGUAGCAAAAACGAUUAUUAAUCAAAUGGGUAUACAACCACGAUUAUCAUCAAUUGAUGAAUUUACAUUACCAAUAGGACUACUACCAAAGCAACGUCAACAUUCACCAGCUUCAUCACCAGUUUCCGUGCGAUGUUCAGUAAAAGUAUCACGAUCACCUUCACUUGAAUCUACAUGUAAAUGUGAAAAUAGUCAUAAAGAAUUUUCGGAACUUUCUAAACAAAUUUCGUCAUUAUUAACAUCACAUGAUGAUUGA